AUGGGACAAAAUCAAAGUUCACCUGAUCUGAAGGAGAUUGAUGACGACAUUCACAAGAAGAGACGAGAACUCCUCGAAUUGAAAGAAGUAGGAAAGAGACAAGAAGAAAAGUUCUACGAUGAGCUGUUUGAAGUCGAAUCCGAACUUUACCAGAUGAAAAUGAGGCUAUUCAAGAAGGGAGAGGAGAGCAAAUCAAUAUGGAACUUUUGGGAUUAUGCCAAGGAGGUCCAACAUACACUUCAUUCGAACAAACCUCAGAGAUCGAGCCGACCAUCACCUGCGGUUACUACAAAACCAAGUGAGUCAAGAGCACUGGUAGCCCCGUGGUACUUUUUUAAUAUACAUAGCCUGUUCGAAGCCAUGCUUCUCAGAAGGUUGCAUAUUGCUAUGAUGCUUCAGGGCCAAAGAGAUGUACAAUCCAGCUCUUGGAACAGUGUCAUCGUACACAUAUAUCACAUGAUUCCAGGGGUCAGAGACGACAAGAAGAAGUCGCAAGAUGAUUUCGAAACGAAAAACGCUGAAAUCCAAAAGAACAUGGCUCAGGCAAAAGAAAGCUACCAAAAGCAAUUGAAGCUUCAAAAAGAAGUUUUGCAACUGAUGAUUCAGGAAGCCAGAAAAGACAACAAGCAGCAAGUUCACCGAGAAAGUACCAUCAGUUAUGGCAGCGCUAGCACGAAACCACUUCCAGAUGUGGUGUCCCCGCCAAUCAAAUCGCCGUCGGAUGCAUCACCAACGGAUGAUUCGAGCGAUGCCAGUUCCUUAACAUCUUCCGGUUCCUCGUCCGCCGGGGGGGAAGAGUCGUCCGUAUCAUCGUCGGAAGCCGAAGCACUGACGGAACGUGUAUAG